AACAUGUUUGCUAACUUAGUAGGGCUCUGUCUGUUUCUAAUGGCGUAUUGAUCUUAUAGUUUCGGUUAUAAGGGAAGAAAAUCUGAGGAAGUACCAGACCUAAAAUAACCGGAAAACGUCAACUUCUUUUUUUUUGUGCUUGUUCUUUAGUGUUUCAAAUUGUUACAAAUUCUUCCGGCUCAUGACUAUACUACAAUAGGUAAUAUCUGAUAUUGAGAAUUCGGAUCUUCUAGAGCCAUUUUGUAGAAGUUGCUUCAAUAAUUUCAAAUAUUCUUCCGAUAAAAGAGCAGCUAAUAAACGUUAUUCAUCUCUUUACGUGGAACGCCUCGAAGUCAAAAACUUGACGUCCGCCAUCUAAACCGGAGGUGGUUGGGGGCUGAGAUUGAAAAUUGCCUGACCGACAGCAUCGAAAGUUUAACAACAAUAAUUAGCUAUUUUUUGGUAUACCAAUAACGGGUGUGAGCUAUCUGGUCUCGGAAAGUGGAUUUUUACUCAGCCAAAGAUGGUAUAUGUGGCUUUUUGUCAGUUGAUGGAUUUCACACAAAAUAGUUAUUUGCCAAUUAUUCAAAUAUUUUGUCGAAUUUCCGCUUUGUAAGACAUGUUUGGGAAGUGGGAAGGGUGAAGCCUAGAGUUAUGUAUCAGCCUAAACGUGAAGUAUACGUGGCUAUUUUCCAAUGCUUUAGCCACCGAAACCAGUAAACUUUGCCGCAACAUUUCCAAUGAGUCCCGAACCCGACGUCAGUCGAACACAGCCGACGCACUGUUAAUGAUUAUAGUAUGAGCAUGUUCAAUUUUACUCAAUUCGUUUUUACUCGCUUAUUUUACUAAUGCAUAAAAUAAAUCUCAUUUAAUAAUUAAAUUCUUUUCUUUGGACAAAUAAUUUAUUUCUGGUGCAGGUAUCUCAUUAGAACCUUUCAAGUUUUUCAAUUAAACUUAUGGAACAUAUGACAUUGCUAGUCGCAAUGUGAUAUUUCCCUUUCCUAUAUCCGUUGUUGCUCCUAGCAAUUGACGCAUUUGUUGCCGGAGAACCCAGGCUACUUGUUAUUGAAACGUUGAAACUAAAAUUAAACAAUAUAAUAUUAUUAGUGUUUUUUUUUUAUAACCUUGGGAACUCUUAUAAGAAAUUCCAUAUAAAAACCAAUUAAAUUCAAACUUCAAUAUCAUAAUUAUUUAUCAUAUCUCAAAUAUUUACCCACUAAUUUGUAAACAAUGGGUUUGUUCCAGCCUUGCAGUCAGUCAGCUAUUCAAAUUACUAUGCUUUGCGUUGAAAUUUGCACAAGAAUUAGACCAUUGAAUGUUUUUUCGGCGAAAAUGGGGAAAACCCAUUCGCAUUGUUGUUAACUAUUUAUUUGACUAAUUUCAGCUAGUCUUGCAACACUCGUCGAACUGAUUUAAACAAUUAUGUAUUCAAUCAAAGCUAUUUUUGCAUUAGUUUUUGUGUGCUUGAUGAUUUUUGAGGUCCAUUCUGCGGCUACAUCAAGAGGUUGCUCACAACCUUUUGAAGAAUACAACAGUUGUGGUUCAGCUUGUGAAGAAAAUUGUUCAGGUGUGCCGCAAGCAUGCAUUUUGGUUUGUAAGCAGGGAUGUUUUUGUAGACAUGGCUAUGUAAGAGGCAGCAAUGGAAAUUGUAUUCAACACUCAGAAUGCUAGAUUUUUAUAUUCCCAUUUUGUAAUAAAAGGAAAAAUAAAGUAAAAUUUGAAAUGAACUCGCUUUUUGAUCACAGCACAGGAAUCCAAAAAGCAGAUGAUUAUUUAAUUGAAAAACGCAUAGGA